AUGAUUCAAGAGCAUGUGAGGAGAGUGCAAUCUUGGUACAAUUUAACAGGGCCUAAAAUAGCGUGCCUUCUCGUGUUUAUCUUUAUAUUCGUGGUGACAAUGUUCUUUGUCAAUGUGUCCGCUAACAUUUCGUCGUUCUGGUCUCCCAUGAAGGCGUACAACCACUCGCUGCAAGACACUGGGUGCGACUUCUUCAAUAACGGAUACCAAUCAGAGUCUAACUACAACAACGUGGUGGACAUAAUUAUGAUCUGUUUCCUUGCCAUCUCAAUCUUUUUUAUUCUUAUAAAUCGGCUGGCUGUGUUUAUUGCGCUGAAGCUUCUGGGCUGUCUGAGUCUAACGUACUUGCUCAGAUGCAUCACUCUCAUGUUCACAGCCUUGCCUGACUCGUGGGACUUGGGCAUAAGAACCAUUUGCAACACUUUCUCUGAGAUGUCUCGAGACAGAGGAGGAGAUUUAAUAUUCAGUGGACACACUUUGCUUGUCUGCACCUUUGCCCACUGCUGGUCUUCCUUCUACAUAAUCAGCGAUUCCUUCGCUUUCCACGUUAUAUCGGCAAUAUGUGCAUGGAUUGUUGCAGUUACCAUCUUUGUAUUUAUAGUUGUUGGCAGACUGCACUACACGAUAGACGUGCUUCUUGGGAUAUACAUUGCAAGCGGAGUGUGGUGGAGUUCAGACUAUUUCCUGACGAGAUACUUUGAGCUGCCGGUGUGCAAGCUCAAGUUCAGAGAAGAAAGAAUACCUGCAAUGAUAAGCUCGUCCUGCGAUGACACUGCAGUAGAUGUGGAGCAGCCUGUGGGUGUAGAGCACGUAUAA